AUGCGGCAACUCGCCGCGCUGCCUUUUCUUCCGCUGAUUCUUCUCUUUAAUGCAGCCCUAUCAUCAGUAUUGGCGCAAGGUCAAGAAGACGACAGUGCUUAUCAUUUCUCGCCUGGCACCGGCGGACGAGCAGCAUGGGUUGUCGAUCAGGACAGCCUGCCGUGGAUCGGAUCUUUUGAAUAUUUGAGCAAUGACAAAUCGCCAGCUACCGUGUUGAUGACGGUGGUGGACAGUUCAACGGGUGCCCCACUUGGAGAGUGUUCCGUUAUGAAUGCUGACAAAGACGAAUGGGAACAGCUCAUCUGGACACUUGCGUCGGACGGGUUGACGUGUAACGUCUCCGAGACCAACUCUUCCAAAGUUCGAUUCCCGCUCUCCGCCCAUCCCCGGACAUUCUCUGUCCGCAUUCAAUCCGUGCGUGGCCCGCGGUGUAUCCGGGAGAUGACCGUGCAAAACGAGCGCCCCAUCGGAUGCCCGCCACAUUUGAAGCAGAACGCGUUCACCUCGGCCGGCAUGUCCUGUGGAUGCCCAUAUGUUGCCGAUUCUACCGGCCCAGCUUUUCCUCUAUUCCGUCUGGCUCCACCAGCGGAAGUCGACGGACGCGACCCGGCCUUCCCGAUUUUGGAUCUGGCGGGGAACCCUUCCCCCUCGCCACAACCACCAGCGCAGCCAUUCACGAGUGGACCCUGUGCUGGGAUUGAGUGUAUGAACAAUGGAACUUGUGUUGUUGGAGCCGAUGGGCAGGCGACUUGCAUGUGCCACAACGGCUUCUCCGGCUCUCGCUGCCAAUUGGACAUUUGCGCCUCGGUCCCUUGUGGAAAUGGUGGAAAAUGUCAGGCGACCGGAUCGACGGCCGUAUGCCAAUGUCCACCGCAUACCACGGGCAUCUUGUGCGAACAGAUAAUCUGCGAGCCAACAUGCGCCCAGGGCGAAUGCACACUUGUUGAGGGAGCCCCGCUUUGCCAGUGCAGCCCGGGCUUCAUCGGGCCAAAUUGUAACGUCAUCGAUGUCUGCAUCGGUGACGCUGCGUGCGCAGUGUUUGGCGAGCAUGCCAAGUGCACCCUUGAUACGGCCUCGUACACUACCGUCUCGCAGAAGGUGGUCAACGCCUCCUACGAUUGUCACUGCCCACACCCGCAGACCGGACCCCCUGUAGUGUUGGGUGGGCAGAAUGGAGGCGUCACUCCAUUCCCAACCCCUGCCCCCGUGGAUGUCGAAGAGGAGGGCGAGCGGACCACGGAAAUUGAGGAGGAAGAGAACCUUGGCGCUGGCUUCGAGACGAUGACCGCUGAAAAUGGGCCUGACCCUUCGCAAUUCAACACGCAAACUGGCGAGCCGACUACUGGAAUGAGCACCGAGGGAGAGGAAGAAUCCGAGGAAACGGCUACUCAGCCGGCCGCGACCCAACAACCCUUGUGGCCGAUGCAACCCCACGGCAGCACUUUGCCUCCGACGGAGGUUACGGAAUCCGAGGAGACGUCAGCCGAGACGACCCAAUCGGUGUUGCCGUUCUGGAUGAUGUCCACCACUAGCACACUGCCACCAGCUAUUCAGCCUUCGACCACCCGAUCGACGACGAUGUCUACAACUGUGAGCACCACAACACCGACAACGACGACCACUGAGGAGGCCGUGUCGGAAGAGGUCUCCGAGGAGGUUACGCAGCCGAUCGAAGUAACGACCCGAGGCAACCAUGUCCAGACCCACGAGCACGCGUGGCCCAAGAACACCGAAGCGCCAGUGGAAGAAACGACAAACGGCGGUGACCAACCAGCCGGCAGCGCGAACCAGGCAAGGAGCAGCGCAGCGAGUGUAAUCGUUGCCAUCAUUGCCGUCACAUUGAUCGGCCUGCUCCUCCUCGCGGCCGCCUUCUUCACGAUGCGCUACGUGCGGCAGUCGCGCAAGCUGCACGGCAAGUACAACCCAGCCCGAGAAGAGCACGCCCUAUCCGCCGCUUACUCCCUUCCGAUGACCCACGCCGCAAAGGACGAGCGGCUCAUC